AAGUGGCGGACGUUGUUGUGUGUUGUGUGAACUUUUUACCGCAGGCAGUGGAAGGUGUACAGCAAGUGUUUUGGGUUUCUCACCCCGGAAGUCAUGUACCCUGCGAUCGGCACCUCUAAGGUGGACCGAGGAUAGCGCAGUGGCAACGGCAAACCCAUCCCGGGCACGGGCGGUGGGGAACAUCAUGGUCAGCGAAGCGACCAGACACAGUCUUGAGAACAACGGACGAGGAAAUUUGACACCAAACCGGCGGACGGCGCGGGACUGAACCUUAGAAAACCAGGCAGACAGAGGCAGCGGGCGAGAAGUGGUGAACCAGAAGAUUUUAAUUAAAAAAAAGCACGUCCAGCAAACGGCGGUGUGCCCCCUUCCGGGGGAUCGAGCGGAUGGCCCCGAUGGCCACCGACGCGACCGGAACGUGCCUGUGAAGCGGGUGUAUCGUCGUGUAUGUCGAUCGUAAAACAUCGCUCCCCAAAACGUGUUUGCCGAUCGCGCCAACACCAUAUGUCUUCGAACCAGUAACAGAUACGAUUUAGAACUCCCCAGCGUGUGUUUGCGUGUGUGUGUGUGUUUGGUGGGGAAUUCUUGUGCCCGACGUAUUUAGUGGACGACGGUUUUAGUCGAUUUCCCUCGGCGGAUGCUAAUCUUGUGGCGCCGACUUGUCACCGACCGUUCCGAACGGAGGCUGUGGGUCGAUCGGCUUUGACAGCGAUCACAUCGCGUGCGCGUGUGCGUCAAAAGGCGGUGCGGCGGGUGUGUGUGUUUGCAGCAGUCGCGACGACGCGGAUCGCCUUGCACGGAAAUACAGCGCGUGGGAGUAGAGGGAGCGGCCGUGCGCGGGAAGGCGGCACAAGCACACGACAGCGGAGGCAAGUUUUUUGAGGCGAACAAUAUCGACCACGACCAGCCGCCGCCAGUCAAUAUCAAAAUCACCACUCAAACGCACAUUCAAUCAAAUCGUCGUCGUGUCGGUCGGUGGCUGACGCAAAGCUUGGGCUGAGCGAUCGCUCCAAAAACAAAACCGCGGGGGAAACAGUCCGUCCAGCCCGUCCGGUCUCUACGUUCGAUUUCGCAAAAUGUAUCAAGCAGGCGGAACCACCACUUGCCAACGCGAACGUCUCCACUAAGGCCGCCCAUCUUCCGAGCGCCGGAUUUAUCACCAGCUUCACCAGCCCUGGCAGCUAUCGUCACUCCGGACGGCAACAUGGACGAAUCAGACACCCAUGUAACGGUGGUGGCACCGGGCAUCAAAACCGGGGGCAGCAUGUCGAACCUGAGCGAUAUUUCUGGCAGCACGGCGGUGGCGGCGGCGGCGUCGGGCCACGGUGGCCACCCUUCCCGGCCCCGCAUGGACAUCGCGGUCGUGAUCGACUGCGAGCAGAGUGCGUUCCUUAGCCACCGGAAGGCGGCGCUGGAGGAGGUGCGGCAGGCGUGCGGGCAGGUCGGCGCCAACCUGCAGCUGCUGCAGUUCGAGGUGUUGGACUUUGGCCACCUGGAGACGCUGGCGACGUUCUACAACGCCGACGUCGUGGUGGUCGAUCUGAGCGUGCGGACGCAGCAGAGUACGCUCUGCUACCAGCUGGGCGUGCGCGAGAGCUUCGAGAUGAACGAGAACAUCGUCAUCUACAACGACACCGAGAACGAGGCGACGCUGCGGAUGAAGAUCUCGUGCGGCAACUAUCAGUUCGUGUCGUACCGGUUGCACGAGAGCGGCAACGUGAUCAUCACCAGCCCGCUGAAGGGCAUCAGCGAGGAUCUGGCGGGACAGCAUCUGACGGUGGCGGCGCCACAGCUGGCACCAGGUCAGCAGCAGCAGCAGGGGGGCAUGGGCGCACCGCCGGCACCGCAGCACACGACUGCCAUCACGCUGCUGACGGCACUGCGCAAGCUGUUCCAGGACGUGGAGAUCCAGUCGAAGGCGCACCUGCGCGAGAAGUUUCUGGCGGACCUGCGGAGCGCCCGGGACCAGCACGCCGGCAACGUGGAGGAGCUGCAGCGCACGCUACGCAACAUGCGCAAACGGCUCGACGACCCGCACGUGCUGUCGAAGGAGAUCGUGCAGACGUACAUGCUGUCGCUGCGGGACGUGCAGGACUACGACGCGAUGGUGCAGCUGGUCGACGACCUGCAGACGGUGCCGAACAAGCAGAACUACAUCAACACCGGGCAUAUGCACUACCUGUACGCGUUCGCGCUCAACCGGCGCAAUAAGAAGGGCGACCGGGAUCGGGCGCUCAGCACGUGCACGAAGGCGCUCGAGAAGAAGGAGAACCACUUCCCGGACAUGCUGUGCCUGUACGGGCGCAUCUACAAGGACAUGUUCGUCGAGUCGGCGCACCAGGACCGGGAGAGCCUGAAGAACGCCAUCAUCUGGUACCGGAAGUCGUUCGAGGUGCAGCCGAACGAGUUCGCCGGCAUCAACCUGGCGACGCUGCUCGUGAUCGACGGCAAGGACUUCGGCGACAGCGAGCUGCAGUACAUCGGCAUGAAGCUGAACAAUCUGAUCGGCAAGAAGGGCUCGCUGGCGCAGAUCAAGGACUACUGGAACGUGGCGACGUUCUUCGAGAUCUCGGUGCUGGCGGAGAACUACGCCAAGGCGAUCCAGGCGGCGGAGUGCAUGUUCAAGCUGCGCCCGCCCAAGUGGUACCUGAAGUCGACCAUCGGCAACAUCACGCUCAUCGACAUUGCCCGCAAGCGCACCGACGAGGCGGGCGGGGGUGGGGGUGGCGGUGGGGCGAGCAUCGAGCGGCAGAUCUUCCAGUUCUGGAUGGAGUUCUUCUUCGAGGCGACGGCAGCGGAACCGUCCAGCACGGUGCGCUUCCCGAUACUCAUUCUCGAGCCGCAGAAGAUCUACAUGCCGAGCUACGUGUCGAUCCACAUGGACGCGGAGCAGAAGUCGAUCGACAUCACCAACAUCUGCCAGCUGCACGCGAAGGGCCACUGCCUGAAGCUGCACGACUUCAACUUCCUCGCCAGCCAGAUCAAGUCGGUCAGCCUGUACAAGCGGGACGAGCGGUGCGCCUACCUGUACGUGCACCAGAACUCGGACGACUUCCAGAUGUUCUUCCCGUCGGUGCAGUGCCGGCAGACGUUCUACGACCUCAUCCUGCAGAUGACGGCCGACCAGGGUUCGGGCUUCAUCGACCUUUCGUCGGCCGAGACGACGGCGGACGAGCUGAAGUACGAGUACGAGACGGACGACCAGUCGCGGCGCAUUAUCCUCGGCAAGGGCACGUACGGUGUGGUGUAUGCGGCCCGCGACCUCACCACGCAAGUGAAGAUCGCCGUAAAGGAGGUGCCCGAGCGCAACACACACGACGUGCAGCCGCUGCACGAGGAGAUCAAGCUGCACUCGCAGCUGCGCCACCGCAACAUCGUCCAGUACUGGGGCUCCAAGUCGGAGGACAACUUUUUCAAGAUCUUCAUGGAGCAGGUGCCGGGCGGGUCGCUGUCGGCACUGCUGCGCUCCAAGUGGGGCCCGCUCAAGGACAACGAAACCACCAUCGCGUUCUAUUCGCGCCAGAUACUCGAGGGCCUCAAGUACCUGCACGACCAGAAGAUCGUCCACCGCGACAUCAAGGGCGACAACGUGCUGGUGAACACGUACAGCGGCGUGGUGAAGAUCUCCGACUUUGGCACGUCGAAGCGGCUGGCCGGCAUCAAUCCGGCGACGGAAACGUUCACCGGCACGCUGCAGUACAUGGCGCCGGAGGUGAUCGACCAGGGCGUGCGCGGGUACGGGCCGGCGGCCGACAUCUGGUCGUUCGGUUGCACCGUCGUCGAGAUGGCGACCGGCAAGCCGCCCUUCAUCGAGCUCGGCUGCCCGCAGGCGGCCAUGUUCAAGGUGGGCUUCUACAAGUCGCACCCCAACAUCCCGGAGGAGCUCUCUACGGUGGCGAAAAACUUCAUCCUGCGCUGCUUCGAGGUGAACGUGGACAAGCGGGCCACCGCCAGCGAGCUGCUCGACGAUCCUUUCAUCUGCGAGAAGCACAAAAAGAUGCGACCAUCGUUCAGCAGCACUAGCACCAUCAGUGGCCUCCCGCCGCCGGUGACGGCCGUCGGCGAGUUUGCCCGCAGCGUCAGCAUGCCCGCCGACCGGCUCGUCACGAAAACGCUCACCUCGCAGCAGAGCUCGGCCAGCUGCAAUACGCCGACAAUUAGCUCGGAAACAGAUACUGCUAGCUCGUCGCCAGUUGGGAAAGCCGCAACCACAUCCACCCUCACCUUCACCGCCACCCACCGGUCGGUUGCGCUACGGAAGAGCAAGCAGCCGUUCUCGCUGACGCCAAUCAAAAUGCCGAAGCAAGGUCUCAACAGCAUCGGGAACCUGGCGGAAACACCGUCGUUGGAGAUCGAAGCAGCGGAGCAGACGCCGACGGCAUUCCAGCUAAACCGCCGCAGCUCAUCGGGCGGGCUGCUGUCACCGGAGGUUGACCUGGCGACGUCGACCUCGAGCAAGUCGCCGCUGGUGGGUGAUGCGAGCGAAAGCGACGGCUUUUACCUGCUGAAGAAGGACUCGCAGCGGCGCACCACGCUCGACAAGGUGCUGUCGCACGACGUGGCCAAGAUCUGCGAGGUGUGGCUCGGGCGCAUCGAGUACGACCGGAAGGAGAAGGUGGUGAUAACGCGCGCCCACCUCGAGACGCUGCUCGUUGCGCUGCGCAAGUACAUCGCCGAGCAGCGCAAGGAGACGCUCGAGCAGGCGAUCGCGCAGCUGAAGGAGCAGCUCGACUUCGACUCGACCGCGAUCGACCACCUGCAUCUGGCGCUGUACUCGUUCCAGGACGCGGUCAUCACCGUGCUGCGGUCGCACAACAUCAAGCCACACUGGAUGUUCGCGCUGGACAAUCUGGUGAAGAGUGCGGUGCAGGCGGGCAUCAUGAUCCUGUCCCCGGAGCUCGGCGCCAAUCUUGCCGGCCAGGCGGUGAACGACGACGAAGAACGGGACUGUCUCGACGGGGGUGGAGGAGGUGGCGGUGGUCUCGGUGGAGGUGGUGGUCCUCUCGGCGGUGUCGGGGGAGGCCCUGGUGCCGGUGGCAACCUGGCUGGUUGUGGUCCCGGUGGUCUCGCCCCCCGCGGGCGUCCCUACUACGGCGCCGGUUAUGACGAGUGCGACAACUACGAGCUCGACCUCGGUGACGACUAUGACGCGGGGGAAGAAGGCGAGGAGGCCGAUUUUGGGCAGGAGAAGGGCUGCGGCACGGUUCGGGCCGGUGAGAGGGCGAACCAGGGGGCCCCGCACCACAGUACAAUCGUUGGCGGCCGGAAGGGCGCGUGCUACUACGAUGCCGGCCGGUGCCGGCUACCAAAUGCAAACUUAAAACCGUCCGCCAGCGCGGCGACUUCCGCGAACCGGCGGCCGACACUCCGCGACCAGCUAGCGCUACUGCGCGCGGAAAACUCAAGACUGAAGGAAUACAUCAUCGAAUCUCAAAACUCAUACCACCGGGCGUUCCGGGCAGUGCUGGAGAGCGGCUCGUUCGCCCGCUGCCUCACCGAUCAGCUCUCGGCGCUGAUGGAACGCUGCCUCAACGAGCGCCCACCGGAUGCACCGAACGAGGGUGUCGGGCCGCGGCCAGCGAAGGACGAGGCCGACCUGGCCGACCAAACGCUGCCCGAGAACCGGCCGGCGUUCGACAACGAUGCGACUGGCGAUCGGCGGCUGGCCGGGUGGCUGACGGCGCAAGGCAUCGACCGGCUCGCCUGCCGCCAGCGGAUCCUGCGCGAAGGCUUUCGCUACGACGAUUUCCUCUACGAUCUGGAACGGAGCGACCUGCGUCGCCUAGGACUGAAGAUGGGAGAAGAACUUCGCAUCUGGAGCGCGCUGAAACGGCACCGGAAGCUGCACCCGCUCAAACGGUCGCACUCGAACGACGACGACGACGACGACGGAAACGACAGCGACAGCGAUGCGCCGAACAACGGGAAGUACUACCUGAACCACAACAGCUGCGCGGUGGAGCCGGUGCAGGACGGAAACGAGCGUACCACCACCGUCCGGCUCGGUGUGCGAUAAUCGCUACAAAGCCCUCCUCCUACAAAUGUCUCCUCAAAGCAAAGCAAUGAACCAGUUAACGAGCACAAGUGUCCUUAGGGAAAGAUGUACUGUAAAUACGCGUCGGGCACGGAUUUCGGUUUGUGCCGGCGUCCAUGUCCAUUCACAUCCUGCUCAAUCUCGCUGCGAUAUUGAGCAGAACAUCGUUUGUUGUCUAAAAGAUGCAGGUUUGACGUAAUCGAGAAACACGAAGCAAGCACGCACAAAGCUAAAAGCAGAUAUUACGGUUGCCAUUGGUUUUUUUAUUUAUAAGCAAAAAUCUUUACUGGCAGUUAAACAUAACAUUAAAUUAUUAACAAUUGAAAUAAAGCAUAACGUAGCUUCG